AUGGCGGGGCCAGAGAACACUAAGCAAUACGUCCCUUUGACAUGCCAUGGUCACUCAAGACCUGUUACGCAUAUCAGCUUUUGUGGUUUCGUGGAUGGAAAGGAUGACGAGUAUUACAUGAUAUCAGCAUGUAAAGAUAACAACCCUAUGUUAAGAAGUGGUAUUAAUGGCGAUUGGAUUGGUACUUUCUUUGGACAUAAAGGCGCAGUUUAUCAAGCUAGACUUUCUCCAGAUGCCAAAUAUGCUGCGACUGCUUCGGCAGAUUUCACUGCGAAAGUCUGGGAUACAUACACUGGAGAAACUCUCUAUACUAUCCAACAUCAACAUGUUGUUCGAGCUGUCGCAUUUCCUCCCGAAUCAGGUACCACUCUAGCGACGGGAGGAACUGAUAAGAAACUUUUUAUUUUCGACCUCGCGAAACUCAAUUCUUCCGGCGCAAAUGGCACAACUUCUAAUGGCAAUGGAAGCGACACUAAGAGCAUUUCACAAGAUGAUGGUUUCGAGAUUGGCCCAGGUGUUCACAAAGGCACAAUCAAGGCGGUUGUUUGGACUCAGGAUCCCAAUAUCAUAGUUACGGCUGCAGACGAUAAAGUUAUAAGAUGGUGGGAUUUACGUUCGCAAUCCGUUGUUCAAGAACAAAAGGUAGAUGGUGAUAUUGGUUCAUGCGAGUUUAGCAACGUUGCAUCUGGACCAGGAGAUAUUGGUGGAGGAUUACCUAUUUUAUCGAUUGCUGCUGGCAAGACUCUGUACUUUUAUGGUGGACCAGCUGCAAACACUCUUAUCAAGAAAGUUGUCUUGAAUUAUGAGGUUGCCAGUGUAGCGAUUCAUCCACUUCAAAGGAAAUACAUCACUGGCGGAAUUAAGGAUACAUGGGCGAAGGUUUAUGAUUUUGAUUCUGAUCAAGAACUUGAUGUUCACAAAGGUCAUCAUGGUCCAAUCUGGAGCAUCAGUUUCUCUCCCGAUGGAAAAUUAUAUGCUACGGGCAGUGAAGACGGUACGAUUAAGAUGUGGAAGAAUUGUCCUGGUUCCUUUGGACUAUGGAGAGCGGAAAGUUAA